AGCCUCAGCCAUGCCCACACUCGCCCUGUGCCUACUAUGCGUCCUGGCCACGGCUGCCCGGCCUGCCCCUGCAGCUCCCGUUAGGGGCCUGGAGCCAGCCGAACACGAGGAGCUGACCCUCCUCUUCCACGGGGCCCUGCAGCUGGGUCAGGCCCUCAACGGUGUGUACAGGGCCACGGAGGCACGGCUGACAAAGGCUGGGCAUAGCCUGGGCCUCUAUGGCCGUGCGCUGGGCCUUCUGGGGCAGGAGGUCAGCCGGGGCCGGGAUGCAGCCCAGGAGCUACGCACAAGCCUGCUGGAGAUGCAGAUGGAGGAGGAUACCCUAAAGCAGCAAGCAGAGGCUACGGCGCGGGCACUAGGGGAGGUGGCCCAGGGACAGCAGGUGCUACGGGAGAGCAUGCAGCGGCUGGAAGUCCGGCUGAGAGGCGCUUGGCUGGGUCAUGCCCAGCAGGAAUUUGAGGCUUUAAAGGCCCAUGCAGACAAGCAGAGCCACAUCAUAUGGGCGCUCACAGGCCACGUGCAGCAACAGAGGCGGGAGAUGGUGGCCCAGCAGCAUCGACUACGACAGAUCCAGGAGAGACUCCAUACAGCGGCACUCCCGGCUUGA